AUGUCAAAAGAGAUUGAGCUGCCAGGUUUCAGAUUCCACCCAACCGAGGAGGAGCUUCUUAAUUACUACCUCAAGAACAUGGUCUACGGUAAUAUAUCAAAAGUUGGAGUUAUUGGUUUUCUCAACAUCUAUCGUCAUGAUCCAUGGGACUUACCUCGCUUAUCGAAAAUUGGAGAGAGGGAAUGGUAUUUCUUUGUGCCAAGGGAAAGGAAGCAUGGCAACGGAGGUAGACCAAGCAGGACAACAGAGAAAGGAUAUUGGAAAGCAACCGGAUCCGAUCGCAAGAUCAUAAGCUUGUCUGAACCAAAACGUAUGAUUGGGCUCAAGAAGACCCUUGUGUUCUACAGAGGAAGAGCACCUGGAGGAAGCAAGACUGAUUGGGUCAUGAACGAGUUCCGUAUGCCUGACGAUUGCACCUUACCAAAGGACGUUGUGCUUUGUAAGGUAUACAGAAAAGCCACUUCACUUAAAGUAUUGGAGCAAAGAGCAGAGAUGGGAGCUAAGGCGAAUCAAACAUGCCCAAACUCUCCUCUCUCGUCUUCCGACACCAUUUCUUUCGUUGGGAAAGAGGAAGACUUGAUGAUGACUUCUUUCCCUUUUCCUCAAGAAGCAGCCAUGAAUGAAGCAAACAACAACAACCUCAUGCUUCAAGGCCAUACCGAAGAGAAACAGAGGAAAACAGAGAUGAAAGAACCUUCUUCAUCACUGAAGCUACCGUGUGGAGUCUUACCACUACCAGAGCUGCAGUUACCUAAACAAGGAUUCGAUUGGGGACAAGACCAGUUCUUGAGUAUAAGCCCAUGGCUCCAGAAUCUUACACCUAUAGUUAACCUAUUAAAUUUUUAG